AUGUCAGUAAGAACAGCAACUUUUAUCAAGGAACUGUUGUUUGCUCUUCUUUUAAAAGCAUGUAUGGAGGCCCUUGGUAUGGAAGAUGGAAGAAUUCCAGAUUCAGCUAUAAGUGCUUCAUCGUUUUAUAGCGAGGGUACACAUUCCAAUCAGGUUCGUCUCAACUCACCUUCUGCAUGGGUUGCAGCCAACAAUGACCCGCAGCCCUGGGCUCAAGUUGACCUCGGAAAGGACGCUAUGAUCAAGAAAAUCGCUACCCAAGGGAGACGCGGUGCCUAUUGGUGGGUAAGGACAUACACACUUUCAUCACGUGCCAACGGAGAGACUGAUUGGUUGACGUAUAAAGAGAAUGAAGAUGUGAAGAUAUUUCAAGGUAACAAUGAUCAGGUAACGGUUGUAUCCCAUGUGUUACCGCAGCACAUCCGGGCUCGUUUCGUCAGGUUCUGGCCCAAGACUUGGACUCAUAGAUACAAAGCCAUGAGGGCAGAGCUGUACGGCUGUUUUCUUCAGUAA